AUGGUACGACUGACGAUUGCCAUGCUCUCCAUGAUCCGCAGUUCUCUGUCCAAGGCCGCCAUGGGACCAGCUGCCGCCCGGCGCUCCAUCUCCGCCUCUUCUAAGUCCAACAAUCUUACCACUGUAGUGCCUCUGACUCGCGAAACCAACAUGACCACCUCCGCCUCUGCCUCGCCUUCGUCGUCCAGACGUGCUUUCAAGUCUGUUGCCUACACCGUCCUUGGCAGCACCGCCCUCAUCGCCGGCCUUUCCCACUUCCUCAAAGAUGAGGUCGUUUACUGGACCCCUAACGUUCGCAAGUAAAAAAAAAGAAAAAAAAAAGGAGGGACGCGGAUCAAGCUAGAUGAGGAUUACCUGUAUUGCAGUUCCCGUUGCCUCUCUUGGACUGGAAGGGGGGGAUUCACUGGAUAUUUUCUAGACCUUUUUAUUUUUUUUUACAUAUACCCCAUCACAUUUUACGCAUCAUCUUGGACUUUGCCCACUUUUAGAAAAACUAUCUUCAUUGAACAGCGCUCGUGUAUAAAAGACAUUAGUGAG